UCCGCCUGCAGUCAGAUAACAGACCCAACAGUUGGACGGAGUACCAGCUAGUCCAACAACGCAACCUGAUGGACACCGAAACCCUCUAACGGCCUCCUAAGACUCUCUAUUUGGUGAAAAAAAGUUCACACUGGAGGUAAGACGAGAAAAAGAAGUUCUUCUCAGAUACUGUCGAUAAAGAGGAAGGCUUUCAGGAGCGGCAAGAGCGACGCAACCUUCCGUUAACUAACGACCGUAUAGCACCAUGAGCGUCCCACUUUACGCACCGACUCCCAUCCAACCGGCUCAUCCGACCCCCUUCUACAUCGAGGACAUUCUUGGAAGGACAGUCACCUCCGUAUCUCCCUCUUCUACCUCGCCCACCUCCUCCUGCUCCACACCGGUCAUCCCCACACCGACUCUCCCGUCGCCCAACUCCUCCUUUACGAGUUUCAUCUCGCCGUACCGGACGCCGAUUUAUGAACCUACACCUAUCCACCCGGCGCUGUCCCACCACGCAGCAGCGGCGUUAACAUACGCCUCCGCCGGGACCUUCCCUGGGUCCAUCUACCCGUUCCACCACCAGCACCACCGCUCGAUGGGGGAAUACGCACAGGCGCUGCUGAGGCACGACCCUCUCGGGAAACCUCUGCUGUGGACCCCCUUCAUCCAGCGGCCCCUGCACAAACGAAAAGGCGGUCAGGUCCGUUUUUCUAACGACCAGACGAUCGAGCUGGAGAAGAAGUUUGAGACGCAGAAGUAUCUGUCCCCCCCGGAGAGGAAGCGCCUGGCCAAGAUGCUGCAGCUCAGCGAGAGACAGGUUAAAACUUGGUUCCAAAACCGACGAGCGAAGUGGAGAAGACUAAAACAGGAGAACCCUCAGGGAGGUAAGAGGGAGGUGGAGGAGGACAGCUCCGCCGAGAGGAGCAACAAAGCAGAGGAGACCACCGACCCCUCAGGGAUCCAGAGCCCUGCGCACAGACACACAGAGCUGUCACAGACCGGCCGCUGUACGCAGUCCCCAACAGAGCUGGACUCAGACGUGUCAGAUACAGACCAGGAGCUGGACAUAGAGGACGACGAGUUCACACUGAAGCCCUAGAGAGACACUGUGGGAUCCUCCACUCGGACACUGUGGAGCGACUCCCCCAGACUUGAGUUUUUCAGCUUCACUGGAGUCGCUUAACGCCAAACUGACAGACAGGAUGACAGACUGGUUCCUGACGUUAUAUUUGGUUCCAAAUAAAUCCAGAAACACCUCACCAUCCCGUGCCUUCACAGGACCGUCACCUUCUCUUCUUGAGUCAAACAUAAAGUACUCUGCUGUAUUUGUGUUCGUAAUCACUGUAAAUAACUGAUACAUCUCUUUCCUCUGUACUGUUUGUCAUUUGAAUGAUGCUCUUAAGUUUGUUUUCUUUAAAUGUGAUAUUCAAAGAAUUAAUGUUGUCUAAAUAAUGUUCCUUUAAGUCAUUUCUAAUAAACCAUGUCUGUGUUAAG